UUUUUUAACUGCAUUUGUUCUAAAACUGACAUGCUGUUUGUCAGUCGGCAAGAUCUUAAGUGUCUCAAGUGUUUAACAUUUUCAUGGAACACAUUAGAUAGGAAGUCCAGUUGGACGACUGAUUAGCUAGCUAAUCGAUGCUAGCUAACGUUAUCCAAGUUAUGGGAGAGGGAAUCCGGUUGCUUACUGUAUGGUUUUGUUUUGUAUACGCUCGCCACAGACGUACAGUUGCCAAUGAAUACUAGUCAUUAAUUGGUGUAAAUAUGAUGUAGUUUUGCCUAGUGUUUUGCACGAGUACUAUUGACGUCUAGCCACCUGUCCGAAAAUGGAUGCCUUUGAUGUUACUUGGUUAGCAGUGGCGCAGUGGUUCUCCAUAGGCGAAGGACAUUGUGUUCUAUUAUCGGACGGAGCGUUAAAGGGAGAGGGAGACUCCAGUGUCCAGCAGCCCUCCACACUCACCAGUGACGGUGUGGACCACAGGCUGACCCGACAGAAAACUGCACAGUUUCUCAGAGAAGCAGAUAAGAACAGGAGACAGAUUGAAAAAUUGGAGAAAGAGAGGACACUGAGUGUUCAGUGCAGGAAGAACGGCUGGACAGAUGUGUCUGGGGAACUGGAAGACUAUGAGAAAGAGCUGGAGGAAGAAAGAAAUACUGAGAAGAUGAAUCUUCAAAAGCAGCUGGUGAAGAUUCAUAAUGGUGUGAAGAAAUUUCAGAGACAGCUAAUAGAUGUGAAGCCAACACCUGAGUUGAUUGAAAGACUGAAGGAAAUAAUGUCCGAGGUGGAAAUCUCAAUCAACGCCCUAAAGGAGGAACAGCGAUCAUGCUUUGAAGAACUUCUGAAGGAAGAGAAGACAUGCAGACAGGAGGUCACUGCUCAUGAGAAGAAGAUAAAAAACUGGAGCCUUGUUGUUAAGUCAGACCCCAAACUACCCACAGCUCCUGCUGUUAAGGCCCAACCCCCCGAUAGAGACCUCCCUGCAGAGGUAAGAGCACUGGAGACUUUCCUGCAGAAGACAGGAGGCCUUUAUGGUGGCUGGGACCAAUAUGACCACCAAGCCUUCCUUAAAAUCUGGACAAAGCACAGUGGGCAACUUGCUUACAGGAAAGAGGCCAAACUGUACCUGUCCAGUAAAACAAUGGAGGAGAUAGAGCAGCAUGAGGGUUGGCAUCAAGAGCUCAUCUAUCUACAGGACAGAAAAAGAGAGGCUAUUCAGCGAUGGAAAGCCAGCAAACGUAAGGAACGCCAGAUCAGGAUACAGAGUCAGAAGGAAACAGAGGAGGCAGAAAGGAGGAAGAGGGAGGCCAAGACCCAAGCCCACCAACACAGGACUGAGGAGGAAAAGAGAGAGGUGGCACAGCGGCUGGAGGAUUGGAGGGAAGAGAAGAGAAGGAACAAGGAACAUGAAGAGGAGCAGAGACUGGCAGAGGAGAUACAAAAGAGGAGACGAGCAAAGGAAGAGCGUCGCCGCCAGCUGGAAGUGAAGCUUACCAUUGAGGAGCAACUUCAACUCAGGAAAGAGGAGGAGGAGGAACAGGGGAGGAGGAGGAGAGAGGAGGAACAGAGGGAGAUGGAGGAGAGGAGAAAACAGGCAGCAAAGGGCAUCAAACGCUUUAAUGAAAGGGAUCUUCACAAGGUGGAGUCAAAGCUUCAUGAGAAACAGCUGAAGGAAAAAGAGGAAGAGAAAAGACAAAAGAGAAUUGCUGCUAGGUUGAAGGAAAAAGUGGACAGUCAUGUCAGCAGAGAUCCCUUCAGGUUUAUCCGUUCCACUAAAGGAUGGGAGGAGCGAAUGAAACACAUUGGACCCUCAGGAGGAGGACCUGUAACACAGAUGUUUCACAGAGCUGUUCCAACUUGGAGACAGGGCCUGUGACGAGCAGCAGUGGAAGUCAACUGGACAGUGCCGAACAAUGCUUGUUUUAAUGAACAAAUUAAAUGAAUAUUUAUGCAAUGAGACCUCAGCCAGGUUGUGCCUUUUUAUCUACUCUGUGCUGCUUUUUCAGGUUUCGUACAAUCUGUGAAUUAAAUUAAAUGUUUCUUUAAAUAAAAGCUUGUCUUUACUGUU